AUGGGGAAGAGGACCGUCCUCUCGGUGAACACAAAACUGGAUACAGCAGAGGAAGGGGCUACUAGUACAGAGGCGCGUCGGACGCUAGCGGGACUGUUGGAUGAUGGUCAGGAACCAGAAACGAGUGGACAUCAAACACCCACUUUGGCUCAAUCUCCCUCGUUUAUUAGCAAUGUCAUGUCCAAUUUUAAAAAAUCGGAGGUCUCAAAGGUAGAGUCUCCCAGUGGUACGGGCACCUUGGGGUCUACUGAUUCACCACAAAGCAAUAAUGUGUCGUCCCCGAGUAUUAUAUCACACAGGAGGCAAACCUCCAUAAGCAGUCAAAAAAGAAAAUCCAGUAGGAAGAGCAUCGAUUCUUCAAGUACCCCGAAAGCAGCGCAGACGCCGAAGCAACCUGUACAGAUUAUUAGCCACAGAUCGACGUUUGAUGUGACUGAAACGAGUCCAGAGCCUACUGCAGUGAAAGAGGACAGCGAACUGGACGAGUUUAACAGGAAGAAAUUUGUAAACGAGAAAUAUCUCAAUACAGAACACCACUAUGCCACCCCUGAGCGGGACGCAGAUUUCCAUGUUGUUUUCGAAGAGAUAGAUCAAAAUGAUAGAUUGCUAGAUGACUUCAGCUGCGCUCUGAGCAAAGACUUCUUAUACCAGGGACGACUCUACAUAACGGAGAGCGCCCUGUGCUUCAACUCGAACAUAUUGGGAUGGGUGUCCAAGUUGGUGAUCCCUUUGAGAGAUGUACGGUAUAUGGAGAAGACGACUUCAGGUGGGCUCUUCCCGAAUGCUAUCAUGAUAGAGACAAAUCGGGAGAGAACGCAAUUCAACAAUUUCAUUUCCAGAGAGAAGACUUUUGCCCUGAUUAAAGAAGUAUGGUCCAGCAAUCUGUUAAAGGCUGAUUUUAGCAAGGAUACAUUUGAUACGGAAUCACGCUCGUCGCGGGAUAGUUCAUUCAGCGAGCAACCAGAGCUCAUCAACGAAAAGAGUUUGUUAUUAGGUUCCACUAAUGAUACCAUCGACGUUUUCAAAUUCAAUGACGAUGCAAACUUUAUCAAUGAGCCUCCAUAUUAUGUGCCUGAACCGACAGACUUUCCAGACGAGAAGGAUCAUCCGAACGAGUAUCUGGUCACGACGUUAGAUUUAGAUUGUACACCUUGGGAGGCGUUCCAAAUAAUGUACAGUAACACGAAUCAUUCAUUUUUGAUGGACUUUCUAAAAGAAUGUGACUGUACUGACAUUAAAGAUCCGUCAGAGUUCAAUAGCGAAAAGAGUAGAGAAUACUCAUACGAAAAACCGCUAAAUUACCCUGGGGGUCCUAAAUCCACACAGUGUUUGGUCGAGGAAUUUAUUGAACAUCAGGAUAACUCUGGGUACAUUAAGCUUUUGAACACCACAAGAACGCCAAAUGUCCCCAGCGGCGGUGCAUUUUCCACGAAGACCAAGUAUUUGUUCCGUUGGAGCACGAACACGAAUUGUCAAUUGCAAGUAUCGUACUGGUUAGAGUGGACCGGGUCCAGUUGGUUCAAGAAGAUGAUUGAAUCUGGCGCUAAGAAAGGACAGAUAGAUGCGUGUGAGAAAAUGACACCCAUACUAAAGGGGUACGUCAAUGACAAUAUCAAGAUAGAAACUAUACCAAGGAUGACGAAAAUCAAGAUAUCAGCCAGACACGAUCUCGAGAAGCAAGAAAGUACCGCCACUUUGGAGGGCAAAAACGCGCGUCAUCGCAAAAGCGAUUCUACUUUGAUACUAUUUGUGCUGCUUAUCAUAUUCAUUAUUCUGGUAACUGUUGACAUUAUAAACCAGCGCGCACUUAGAAAAUCCAUCCUUAACAUAGAGAGAAUUCUAGUUGAGUCAAAACGAUAA